UUACCUUAAAAUAAAUCAUUUUUACUUAUCAUAUUUUGAACAUAAUAUGAAUACUGAGAUAAACAUUUUAUGAUAUUUAAAAAAAAAAAAGAUCAAUGACCGCACCUUUUAACUAGAUGAUUUUCCCUCACUGGCUCCACAUUAAGGGAAAAUCACACUAUCAGCGAAAGUGCAAUUAUUACGCCAGUCAAAUUAGUGAUUCUUACGACAUGCUAUUUUACGCAACUUGGAAAUCGGGAUGCGCUAAUAUUUCCACACGCCAAAUGUCUGGAAUUUCGAAUUCGCUAAGUUUUCGACCGGUGGAAAUAUCCACUUAUACAGUAUGUGGGGGAUAUUUUGACCCACGGCGCUUUGUUCAAACAGUUCGCUUUGGAGAAAACACACUAGGUUGGUUAGUCACGAACACGACAACCACUUUUAGUUUUGAACAGCCUAUAUUCUACCUGAUGGACAAUAUCGAUAUAUAACUAAAUUUACAAAAAAUACAACAAUACAAAAUGAUGACUAAAAUCUUAAAAGAAAAAUUUUUGCAUGAAUAAAUGAAAAAUCGAUGUCCUUGCUCUGUUGAAAAUGCCAUGCGUUCUAAAAUCAAUGCCUAACAGUAACUAAAUUAAGACUCAAUUCAAUUUGAUGACUUUCUAACAUUCGAUAUUAACUGACUUAGGUGAACUAAAAACGACAGUUCAAUUGAUUUAUUCCAUGAGACAAUAAUGAAACUAAUACUUUACAUAAAAUACACUCCAACAUGUUACAGAUGGAGAUACAAAAAUGUACAUAACAACAGCUUGCCUAUUGUAUACCUGCUAAUUGCCAGCCAGUAAUCAUACAAUCGGCCUCCAAUGGAAUAAUGAAAGGGAAAUCGACAUUAUAACAUACAUGUACAAAGAUGUUAAAAUGUUUAGGAAAUUCAAUAUAAACCACUGACAUGAUGUUUAUAAAGAGAUUUAGAAAGUUUCGAACUAAAGGAACAUUUGGAUUUAUUGGUGUAUUAUUCUUGUUACACUGUUUUCAAAUGCACAACUCUACGAAAAAAGAAAAUCGUGGUAUCAAACAGAGGACUGAGGACAUAUGCCAUAGAUAUAAAGCGCCAGAAAAAAGAACGCUAAGUGGCUUUGUAUUACGCCGUGAGAAUCAUCUUCUGUAUUACUGUGAUGUUCCAAAGUGUGGUUCGGCGUUCAUGAAUGCAUUACUUAAGGAAGCCUUUUCUUGUAAUGACUGUUAUUAUAAAAAAGUAAAUAUGUUAUAUAAGAGAAACAAAUACACUUAUGUUAAGCAGAAGAUACAGAAUUCUACGUAUUCUUUUAUGUUUGUAAGAGAGCCGUAUGGUCGUUUAUUUGCGACUUACGAAAACAAACUUCAUUGCCCAAACAAACUUUGGCAAAGGCUUGGAACUGAUGUCAUCAGAGUGGUCCGUAAAAAUGCCACGUCGUUAAGUAAACAAUUUGGACAUGACGUUACAUUUGCUGAAUUAGUAGAAUAUGUUGUUAUUUUAUUUGAGCAAGACUGGCGUUUAAAUAUUCAUUUAGCUCCUAUGUAUACUAGAUGUGACCCUUGUUUAAUCAACUUUAACUUUAUUGGAAAAUUAGAAGAAAUGACAGAUAACUUAAUUGCUUUAACUAAAAUGUGGAGAAGAAACGGAAUUAAAGUUGACUUUGAGAGUAGUGUAGACGUUAAAGAACUUGAACUUAAACACAAGCGAGAUAUGGGUCCAAUAACUCAAAUGUUUGAUACAUUAUCGAGAUCGCCAGGGCUAUCAAGAUACGAUUUAUUUCAAAGACUCUGGUCAAGCUAUCAAAUUAGAGGAUUAAUCUUGAACGAACAAAAAAUGCCUUUUAGAGAAGAUCUCGUGAACGGCAUAGACAAUGUCAUGUAUGAGUUAGCAGUUAAAGAAGCAAUUGAACUAAGUGCCAGUAACGUUGCUGCUUUGAUUAAUCAACGCAAAGAAGCUUUGAUAAAAGCCUAUAGAACGGUGCCAAUGGAAAUUAUGCUAAGGUUAAGAAAUGUACUUAAAACCGAUUGUGAAUUGUUUGGCUAUGAUGAUAUGCCUCAGACACUUUUCGAUAGGAGCACUUCCAUAAAUGUAAUAAUGGCAAAUAAAUAAUUUUAAUCAUCAUAUGUUUACCAGAAACAAGCUAUAUAACUCUCACAACUCAUUUGUUCUUUAAUCACUCAAAGGAACCAGCCCGCUUUGCUCAAUAGGGAGAGUACAGAUCUACGGAUCGCAGGUUCAUGAGUUCGAACCCCAGGCGAGGCGAAAAUGCUACGUGACGAUUUUUUUAAAACACCGUAUGUCUGACUUCAGUUGUCCUCCACCACAGAUUCAUGUUGCGAAGUUGGUAGUUACAUGCGGAGAACGGGUUUAUAAAUAGAGGCUUCCUUUUUGGAACGUGUCUUUCCCUGUUGGAUAUUCUUCCUUGUUUUUAUACUGGUAAAGAAUUCAGGAAUACUGGCUAGCUAACUGCCCGCCGUUACAUAAUUAGAAAAGGUAAAACAACAGCGCUAAACUAAAAUAAAUCUCUACCCCACACCACCCGCCCCCACCCGCCCAAAUAAAAAAAGAAAAAAGAAAUAAAAACCCUCUUAGUACAGAACUUUGAAUGUAUAGCUGUAUGAUAAAGAUAGGAAAACUUUUGUAAAUGCUAUACACUCGAGACCAGUCUUUGAAAGGAUGUGUUCCAGGAAGAUUUUCCUUUUGUGUAUCUUUAUAAUAUAGGCAUAAUGACAGAGGUUUCAAUUUUAAAUGUUCUUUGCGACUUCAAGUGUGAAAUUCGCUAUGUGACUGUUCGACAGGGAAAACCACACUCCCAAAAGCGCAGUCUUCCUAGACCGUAAAAUAUAGACCCGCACAGGACCAUUAAACACAUUCUCUCUCAUACACACAUAUUCAAGGCAAAACAAACCGGGAAGUAGGACAAAACAUCAUACUUAGGCUCAGCUCUAAGAAAUUUAAUUAUGCAAAUGUAUGUUUUUAAUUAUACACAACAUGUUACCUUGAUUAUCGGAGCUCUAUGCGUUAUUUAUACUGAAUAUGUUUUCCUUUGAAAUCAACUAUCUCGCUGUGAGCCCGAUAUGAAUCGCAACGCAGCUAGUUUUAGUUUAAACACAAACACAUGCAGUGCAAUUAUAUUGGCAUUUUAUUGCUACUCAAUUUACUUAAACAAACACAAUUAAAGAUAAUAGGUAAGGGUAGGGUUCUCGGAAGCACAGAACAACAGGCACACAGCCUCAGAACCACGCAUUUGCAAAGUAAGCCGGCAACAAAAAGAAGCUAUAAUGGAAAGAUAUUACAGACGGGUUGCUUCAAAAAAUCAACAGGUACAUUUUAAUUUUAUGACAAAUAUAGAUAGAU